GUUCAUUAUUCAUUACUAGAGUGCUUCAACCUUUGAUAAUGUUGAAGAGUGGAAAUGGAAAUUAACCAUGCUUAUGCGCAAUAAAAAUGAACAAGAAGUGGUGUCAAGGGAAAGGAAAGAUAGACGUGAUUUUGAGCAACUUUCUGCACUGGCAACCAGAAUGGGCUUACACAGUGUGCCUUUGUUUUGCAGUCGUCAAUAUGCAAAGGUAGUUGUGAUUAGUAAAGACCCCUUGCCAAAUUAUCGAUCAGAUCUGGAUGAUAAACGCCCACAGAGGGAGGUGUUAUUGCCUUUCGGAUUGCAAAAUCAAGUAGAUGCUUAUCUCAAAGCACACCUUUCUAGAAAAUCAAUGAACAAGGAAAGGUUUCCAAGAUCAAGCAGUUGCAGCAAUCUUACUACUGAUGGAGGACUUCAUGAGCAAAAGGAGCCAUUGACACCUAGAAGUGUUGUAGCUGAGGGAAUUCUUCGGCGGAAGAGCUUGCAGCUGCAUAAUAAACAAGAAGAUUGGCAGAGUCCCUUGAUCCCAUAUCCCAAGCUUUGA